CUUCGAUGUGAAAGUGUUUUGAAAAAGUUUUAACAACAAUUUCCAAAUAGAAAAUACAUAGAAAAGUGUAUUCGAGCAUUCAAUUAGAUUGACUUUUCCCUUGAUAAUUGAAAAAAAUGAGAAAACAAAUUGGAGUUGUGGAAUAAUUGUGAAGAAAAGAGAAUUCUGAAUUAUUUAAUAAAAAGAAAGAAGUAAAGAAAAAUAAAGAGAUAAAAAAGAAAAAUAAAAAUAGAAAAGUAAAAAAAAAAAAACAAACGAAAAGGUAUUUCGUCCCACGUAUUUCUUUGCUUGCGAAUGACGUUUAUUUCAUCUGUAAUACCGAUAAAUGGCGCUGAAAAAUGUCACGAUCAAGCUUUAACCGAGAACGUGCUUAAUCAAACAUGAGUUUUAUUGGCACGUACUAGUCCAUCUCUCCUUCGAAUUGCAUUCCAGUCAGCAAUUAUCAUGAACAUCGAUGAGUUUCAAGUACGCGGCAAGGAGAUGAUCGAGUACAUUUGCGAAUAUCUCCGCACAUUGGAAGGAAAGAGGGUGACGGCGAACGUGGACCCAGGCUACUUAAGGCCCUUACUUCCCAAAGAAGCACCAGCGAAAGGGGAAUCAUGGGAUGCUAUAAUAAGGGACGUCGACAGGAAAAUAAUGCCCGGGAUCACGCACUGGCAGCAUCCACGUUUUCACGCCUACUUUCCAGCGGGCAAUUCGUUUCCCUCGAUCCUCGGGGACAUGCUGUCCGACGCAAUCGGGUGCAUAGGUUUCUCUUGGGCCGCGAGCCCGGCCUGCACGGAACUGGAAACUAUUGUUCUGGAUUGGUAUGCAAAAGCGAUAGACCUUCCACCGGAAUUUCUAGCCGAGCACAAAAGUUCGAAAGGCGGUGGAGUGAUACAAGGGUCCGCUUCCGAGUGUAUUCUGGUCACCAUGCUUGCGGCACGAACCCAAGCUAUUCGAACUUUGAAGGAGCAAGACCCGAACACCGAAGAUUCCGCCUUUCUGCCACGAUUGGUCGCUUAUUGUUCAACGGAGGCGCAUUCCUGCGUAGAAAAGGCGGCGAUGAUCAGUUUGGUGAAGUUACGAGUCUUGGAACCGGACGAGAAAGGUUCUCUGCGUGGUAAGCGAUUGGAAUCCGCAAUUCGAGAAGACGUGGCAAGUGGUUUAGUGCCAUUCUUCGUCUCGACCACUCUUGGCACUACCGGAUCCUGUGCGUUCGAUAAUUUAGUCGAAAUCGGACCUGUGUGCAAACUCUAUCCUAAUGUUUGGCUCCACGUGGAUGGUGCUUACGCUGGUAAUGCGUUCAUUUGCCCGGAAAUGAGGCCAUUUAUGUCCGGCAUCGAGCAUGCGGACUCGUUCAAUACUAAUCCUAACAAGUGGUUGCUAGUCAAUUUUGAUUGCUCUUGCCUUUGGGUGCGUGACCGAGUGAAACUCACGUCGGCACUUGUCGUCAAUCCAUUGUAUCUUCAGCACGCUAGAUCCGGUGAAUCUAUCGACUACCGCCAUUGGGGAAUACCUUUGAGUAGACGAUUCAGAGCGCUCAAAUUAUGGUUCGUGAUGAGAUCGUAUGGAAUCACAGGAUUACAAAAGUACAUAAGAAAUCAUAUUAGGCUGGCAAGACGAUUCGAGACUCUAAUGAAGAGGGAUAAGCGAUUCGAGAUAACCAAUGAUGUGAGAGUAGGUUUGGUCUGCUUCAGAUUGAAGGAAAGCGAUGAAAUAAAUCAGGAAUUAUUGGCAAAUAUCAAUGCAUCCGGCAGACUUCAUAUGAUUCCGGCUAGAGUGAUGGGCAAGUAUAUUUUAAGAUUCUGCGUAGUGAAAGAGAAUGCCACUGACGAUGAUAUCGAUUAUGCCGUGGAUGUGAUCGAGCAACAUGCGACAGAAGUGAUGCUCGCUCAUUAUGAAGGAACAGAAGAUGAGUUCAAAGCGAAAGGACCAAAGAGUCCUGUUGCUUUGGAUAAAAAGUUGGUACGAAAAUUCAGUUUCACCAGGAGCGUGACGAGGGAUGUUUACAAAAGAUCCAUCUCGAAGUCGAGUCUUCACGAUGGUGCUACGCCCAUUAUGGUCGUCGAUGAUAAUUCACAAGUUGAUACCAUUGAGGAAGACGUUUUUUGCAACAGCAGGUCGUGACGAUCCCGAUGAUGAUAUCCAGAUGAUUCAUGAUUUUUUGCGAUAUGCCUCUGAAAAUCGGCCGUUCCUGUUUGGAAAUCACAACCUGAAUAUUUCGUUGCUUUUUAGGAAACAAAUCAAAAAUAAAUUUUUUUUCGAGCUACGUCGAUAGGAAAAUUUUUUUAAUAUUCAAUAAAAUAAAUUUAUAUUAAUAAAAUAAAUAUUAAUUGAGAAUGAUUAAUGAAGAAUAUUCGAAGAUGUUUCUGAUAUGGAUAUUAGAUUUAUAUUGGCUAUCGUUUAAAACGAUAAUAAAUUUUAAAAAUUAAUAAGAGUUGAUAAAUCAUUUGAGAAUUUAUCUUUUUACAUACGAUUUUAUGCAAUAUAAAUGUAACUUAUUGGAAUUUAUUUUCAUAUGUAUUCUGUAACCAACCAAUGCAAAAAAUUAUAUGCUGACGAAAAUAAUUGUUCGUAUAUGUGUACGUAAAAAUACCAUAUUAGUUUUGCAAAUGAGAAAUAGUAUAAGUGCCGCAUAAAUAGAAGAGAAUAAUAUAAGUAAUUUAUUGAUUCUUGUGUAAUAAUUCAUAUUAAAGAGAGAGAAAGAGAAAGAGAGAGAGAGAGUGAGAGAGAAAAUUAAUAUAUAAUUAGGUAGAAAUAAGAUUCAUUGUUAAGUACAUCGAUUAUCUCUUAGGCUAUCAAUAGUUAUAAUAUCAAAUUAUUUCAUGAACGAAUUACGUACGAAUAUAAAAAAUAGUUUUUGCUUAGAUUAUUAUAAAUUAGAUACGAAAUAAAGACCUAAUAUUUACG